GCUAGCGUCCGAAGAUGGGAAAACAUUGGUCCGCCGUAACACUGUCCCUUGCUUGGUCGCCACAAGGAUGGAAGUCGGGAGGGGGGGGGGAAGUCAGGAUCGGAGGAGGGACGGGGAGGGAGGUCGGGAUGGGGAGGGAAAUCAGGAUGAAGAGAGAAGUCGGGAUGGGGAGGGAAGUCGGGUCGGGGAGGGAAGUCGGGAUGAGGAGGGAAGUCGGGAUGGAGAGAGACAUGUGCGGAUUGGAGGAGGGGAGUCGGGAUGCAUAGACAAGUGCGGAUGGGAGGAGGGAAGUCGGGAUGGCGAGGGAAGAGGCGACAGGGAGGGAAGUCAGGAUGAUCGGAUGCGGCACAGAAAAUUCAUCAUGGUGGCACCAGGCGAGAGCAGCAGCAGUGCAGGCAAGGACAAAGUGAAGGCAGGUGCACCCAAAGAUAAGCCACCGUUCGAGGCCCAACCAGACAAAAAGCAGGAGGCGUUGCAGAAGGACAACAUCGUGUACAAGUGGAUAGUGCGGGGGCAGGCAGCAGAGCCAAAAGGUUCACUGCGUCCUCCACCCGAGCGAUGGAACACUUCUUGCGGAAGGGGAAGCCUUGUCCAUACAGGAACGGGAACACUUCUUGCCACCAGCAGUUCACUGCAUCUCCUGGCACUAAGGGGAGGGAAGAUUGAGGGGGAGGCUGCAAAGAAGAUGGUCCAUCAGUAUCGUGUACAGAAAGGGAUUGCAGAGGAUACAGGGAUGGAGCCGACUGGUGCAUUGGUGACAGGCAAAUCAGAUGAGAUGGAAGAGCUUCUCAGGCCGCCGCCUGCGCUUGUGAGAGAAGUGCGGGUUGAAGGGCAAGCAGCGGUAGGAGCCCCUGUGGAGGACACACAAGACAAAAUAGUCCCUCCAACAUCAGGGCCCUCCUUCCAAGCCUCCACAUCCGGGUCAAAGUCCACGAGAACCACACAGACCUCGAUCCGGAAGUGGGCCGAGAACGCAGCCCAGAAGAGGUUGGACACCCAAUGGGGGAGGGCGUUGUUCAGGUCCGGGGUCCCUUUCAAUUUCGUCAGACAAGAUGAGACGCGCGCCCUCCAUAACCUGUACAUGGAAUUGGGGGCCACCAAGGCGAAGGUGGACAUGCCGAUGUUCGAGACAGUCCGCACYGCCAUAUUGGAUYUUGUGUAUGACCAGGUGAAGCAGGWWGUGCGACCCGUGAUGGACAAGUGGGACAUUUCAGGCUGCACACUCAUCACGRACRACACUACUGAUCGAAGGUGGAGACCCGUCAYCAAUUUCAUAGGCGYSGGGGAAGGAGGAGCAGUGCUGAUCAAGGUGGUUGACAUGAGCCAUAGGAAGACGAAUGCRGCUGCCAUUGCCAAGUUAUGGGAGGAGGUAAUCCGGGAGAUCGGGGUCCAUAGGCGAAUAGUCAGUGUCAUGCGGCCUGUGAACGAGUUGCUGCGUAGGAUGGACCGCGACGGCGUUGCACCCUCACAAUUGUGGGGGUUUGGGGAGCUUUUGGAGAAGCGGUUGCGCACGAUCUUCGGCCUCACGGAGGAGCAGCGGCAGGACGUCAUGGCGAUURUUCAUGAUCGAUGCAAGAUGAUGAGGCAGCCUGCGCAUGCWGCUAACUUCUUGCUGGCGCCGAACAGGAGGGACCCUCGCUGGGUGUUGGACAAGGACAGUCUUUUGGUGCAAAAUGCCAUCAAGUACUUCGUGACGCAGCUCGGAGGGGAGACGUGGGGGUCGGAGCAGUCCCACCUCCAGUCUAUCCCGAAGAGCAUGAAGGACGRCUUCGUUGAUGUCUGGGCAUGUUUCUUUGAUGACCYGGAGGCUYCGCCCGCCAACGAUCCUGCURUUCUUCCACGACCCUUGGAGCUGGAUGAGGAGGAGGUGUUGCGACAGGCAAGAUUGAGGAAGACCCCCAAGGGAAGGGUUCCCAUCGGUACGUCUUCGGACGAAUCGGACUACUCAUCGAGCGAAGAGGAGAUCAUUUGGAGUGGGAAGAGGAAGGAACAUCCGCCACGAAGUGUGAAGGGCAAGGAGAAGAUGACAAUGGAGGGAGAAGACGAUGAGGUGGAUGAGGUGGACGAGGAGGCGUAUGGGGAUGUCGAUGAUGAUGAUGAUGACCUAGACUAUGCGUUCUACAGCCGCGGGCUCGGUGAGGAGGACAAGCAAGACAGGGUACGCGGUGUUCAUAACUGUCCUCCCCCUCCUCCAACCAUUGGCAUCGUGGACUUGGAGGGCGAGGGAGCCUCACAUGAUGACCGGGAAAGGGCUGCGGCAAAGGCCCUUGCGCAAAGAGACUGGGCAGAAGUGCAGAAACGCAUCGAGGAGGACAAUGCAAAGCGCUUGGCAGUGCCACGUCCGGGGUCGCUUUCGGGGCUUAGCAUGCCUCCACCAGCAGAUCGGGUCGUGGGCCCAAAGGACAAGCAACAGCAGAAGGAGCAGUCACAACAAGGGCGGCACGAGCAAGAGGAACACGAAGACCAGCAGCGGCACAAGGAGCAGCAGGAAGAGAGCCAGCAACAGGAGCAAAAACAGCAAGAGGAGGAGCAACACCAGCAGGAGAAGCAGCAACAGCAGGAAAAGCAGCAGCCGCACGAGAAGCAGCAACUUGAAGAGCAGCAGCGGCAACAACACCAAGAGGACAAUCAGUACCAAGCGGAGCAGCAUCGCUUGGAACCACAGCAGGAGGACGACGGGGAGCAGCAGCAGCAGGGGGAAGGCGUACGGGAGCAGCAGCAGCAGGAAGACGGUCGGGGCCAGCAGCAGCAUGACAUGCAGCAGCAGGAGCACAACGAAGAGGAUCAGCAGAAGCAGCAACUAGAAGACAAGGGGCAGCAGAAGCAGCAGAACCAGCAACAACAGCCCCCACAACAGGAGCCGAAAGACAUCCUGCAGCAACCGCUCAUCCUCCACGCCGCGAGUUGUCCCCCUCCGUUGCCCCACUUGGAUGAAAGUCUCGUCCAUGACAACCUGGACCAGCAGGGCCGGGAGGAAGCGGAAGAAUGACAUUGAACCUGCUGUUGAUCCAACAGUGAAGCGUGGGAGGGGAUGACCAAGGAAAACUGUCGUGAACGCUGCAAAAUCUAU